AGACCCAGUGUUCUCCAGGCGAGCACACAGUCCGCUUCAACUUUACAGCAGGAGCAGAGCAUAUCAGGUUUCUACAGGACUGUGUGAGUCCCACGCCCCUUACUGAAUUACUGGGCUUCAGAGCAGUGCAACUGUCCUUCAAAGUCCGGCCGAGAAAGACAUGAGAAUGAUCAUGCCAUGACAUGAUCACUCUAUAAACCCCCUUUCACUGGCCAAGCCUUUCCCCACCUGUCUCACCUGUAGACAUGAAGGUAUGUGAGAUUAUGAGCGGUUGGAGGUGGCAGGGCAGCGCUGGAGCGUUCAAGGCCGGGGUAGGAGUGUUGAUGCUGGGGAUCAGCCUGGCCCAGUCUGUCCCUCCUCAGAAUGUCUGUCCAGCAGCUGCAGCCCCACAUAGCCUCACCCAGCCCCAGUACCAGGACACAGCAGAUAAUGACACCAGCACAGGCUUCAUGGCAGCUCUGGUCCAGUCCUUCCUCCACACAGUCCAGCCUACGUCCAUUCCUGAAAGUCUGGUCCUGAAAAUCAUUCAUCAAUCAAUGUUCAGUCAAGACUUGAUCAAAGAAGUCCUGGUGUAUAAAGUGGGUUUCCUGGUGUGUGUAGCCAUUGGCGUCCUGUACAUCGUUCUGAUGCCCAUAGUUGGUUUCUUCUUGGCAUGCUGUCGCUGCUGUGGCAACUGUGGGGGCAAGAUGUAUCAGAAGCAGACGUCAUCCAUUCACUGUCGCAGAAGAACUCUCUACUGGAGUGCAUUUGUCACCACCAUCAUUAUCCUUGCUGGGAACAUCUGCAUGUUCAAAAGUAACGAUGCCCUCACAGUAAGUGUGGAACACAGUCCAAUGGAGCUCAAAAAAACUAUAAACAACAUCCACACCUUCCUGACUGCUGUGCCUCAGCAAGUCGACCAUGUGGUGAAUGAGAGCUACACAACCAUACAGAGGGUUACUGGAAACCUUAAUAACAUUGGACCUCUGUUGGGAGCACAGGUCCUGAAGGUGUUCAGAGGAACCCUGGACCCAGCACUGAACUCAUUUAGACUUCUGGACCAGGAGACUGUAAACACCAGUGUUAUUCUGAACAAGCUGAACUCAUCUCUGGCCCAGCUGCAGUCUAGCAUGGACGGGCUCGAGGCCAAUGUCACUACUGUUAGAAAUCGCAUCAAUCAGACUUUAUCCAAGCCAGGCUGCACUGGCUGUGACAACCUGAUGUCUGAGCUCCAGAAACUAACACUGAAUACCUCCAUCACUAUUCCCCACUUGCAGGAGUUCCAGGUUGCAGUGGAUGAAGUCAACAACACUAAUCUCCAAUCCAAAAUCACAGAGGUGGAAAACUAUUUUAACAGCAUCCCCCAGAGGGUGACCAAUGACACCAAGGAUGUAGUUCAAAGCAGCAAAAAGGUGUUGGGUGACAUAAAAACACAGAUCUCCCAGGCUAUCAGUGACAUCCCUUUAUCUAGUUUGACCAACCUGUCGGGGACUCUGGACCAGGUGCAGAGAGAAAUUGACAUGGUCGCACCAAAGGUCGAGAGUGGCGAGCAUAUUAGAUGGGCAGUGUGUGUGGCCCUUUGCUGCGUGGUCCUCCUGGUGGUGGUGUGUAACCUCAUGGGUCUGGUCCUGGGCCCUAUGGGUCUGUCCCCCAAAGCAGACCCCACAAAGCGUUCCUGCACGGCAGACUGUGGAGGCACCUUCCUCAUGAUGGGUGCAGGUUUCAGCUUCCUAUUCUCCUGGCUGUUGAUGUUAGUGGUGCUGGUGCUGUUCCUGCUGGGCGGGAACGUUUACACUCUGAUCUGUCAACCCUGGAAAAACGGACAACUGCUAAAGUUCAUUGACACUCCAGGUUUAAUUCCAGGGUUGGAGAUUGGUCAAUAUUUGGGACUGAAAACCAACAUCAAUAUCUCUGAUAUCUAUAGAGACUGUAAGUACAACCAGCCUCUGUGGACAACUCUCCACUUGUAUGAGCUUAUAAACCUUGACAACCUGCUCAAUGUAUCUAAGUAUACUGUGCAGAUCCGGCAGAACUUUGAGAAUACAAACAUUACUCUGUCCACCGUCAAACUCCUGAGCCCUCAAGUUGAAAACCAACUCAGCAACUUCUCCUCCGAGGCUAAAAAUAUAUCCUCUACCUCUAUCACACAGCAGAUGAACUACAUUUCUGGAAUCAAUCUGAAUAACACAGCAGAUAAACUUGAUGAGUUUGCUUUUAAUCAAACAAAUAAUGCUAUUAAAAAAGAUCUCAAGGAUGAGGCCAUGGACCUGAGGAAGAUCCAGAGCAACAUAGAAACAACCAUCAUCCCACAACUGGAAAACCUUAACUUGACCAUCGAGAGCCUUCGAGCCAUCGCAGAAAAAAUCAAUGGCACAGUGGGGGAGGUCCUGAGCAAAGUGGGAGUAGCACAAGACUUCCUCAACACAAACGCGACACAGAUCUUGAAGACCGAAAGCAGAAAGUUUUUAGACUGUCAGCUGGGCUACUUCAUUGCUUAUGCCGACUACGCCAACCUCACGAUCACACAGCAGGUUGGCCGCUGUGGGCCGGUGGCGGGAGCUGUGGACACUGUUGAGAUGAUCCUCUGCUCACACAUUGUGGAGUCUCUGAAUGCGUUCUGGUUCAGUCUGGGCUGGUGCAUGAUCUUCUUCAUCCCCAGCAUCAUCUUUUCUGUCAAAUUAGCCAAGUACUACAGGAAAAUGAAGACCUCUGAUGUCUAUGACAACCUCAUAAUCAUGAACCACAUCCCACGGGCCCAGAUGAAAUCCACCUGAGAGGACGGCAUAUGUGUGAUACAGCUUUUAAAGACUGCAGGCACAACUGUGGCAUGGCAUGACAAAACAAAAACACAAUUCUGCACAGAUGUGGCACACUUGUCACUCUGGUGGGGGAAAAAAAAAAUUCAGGUUACUAAUUUUUUAAUUCCGAUUUUUACCAUAUGGUGGAGAAGCAAAGCCACUUACUUGGUCAUACAAUACAUUUCAUAGACCGCACACAGCAUCUUUGAAUUGACCUCAGGGAGACACAGGGCAUAAGGGAAUCUGCAGGGAUUUUUUUUCAUCAUCUUUAAAUAGAGAUUUGUUUCAUUUAUACUGAAGUAAUAUAGAAAUGUUUUGUAUGUAUUUAAUGUAUGAACUGAAUGCUGCUGGAUUCUGAGAACAUAGUCUUCAUAUUUAAAUAUGUGAAUGUGAUUUGUCGCGUUGAUGACAUUUGAUUUAUGAAUAGUCAUAUUGGUGUGCAGUGCUCUCAGAGAACGCAGCAGUGUGUUACCGUGCCAACAGGCAUUUGUAAUGUGCCACCCUCUAUCUCUUAAUCACAGUGGUUUAGUAACCUAGUAACACUUCAUUCUCUUCAUUCUCAGUUAUCAUUGCACUAAUACUGGAAAUCAAAUCCCAAUGUUUUUGUACGAAUCAUGAAAUGAAUACACUAUUUUUUUUUUUGUGGGACAGAUUGUCUGUGUAACUGGUCAUAUCACAUAUAAUGCUGUUUGCAAACUACACACCUGUAACUUAAAAGUUUUUUGUUACCAUUGCAAAUGUGUUUUUGUAAAUAUUGAUUUAUCUGAUAAUGAUGAUUUUGUACUUUGUUUUAUCUUUCUGUUACACAGCACUUUAUCUGACCGCCCAAUGUGAUUAAAAAGCUUGUGAGCAUGUUGUGAAAACUAUUAAGUAAAAAAUUCACCCGUGA